CACCACGUCUGCCAUGGGGCUGUUUGACAAUCUUCCUCCGCCUGUGCAUACAACUCCACCACCAGCGGCAACCACAUCUAGCCUCUUUGGGUCUCUUCCACCGGCAUCAUCUCAGAAACGAAAGGCCUCUUCCGAGCUCUCGCCCAAUGAGCCAACAGCUAAACGUCCGUCCAGUGGAGCAACUUGCGAGCUUACUCCACAGCAAGCCAACAGUCUUCCUUCCGUAAAGGGUCACGCAUGUACCUGUAAAGGGCGGAGAGAGUACCAACAGGACCGAUUCGUGUCUUUUGACGCCGACUGUGAGGAAUUGACGGCUCUGCUAAAGGCACCCUUGGUGGUUGCAGAGAAGGAAACACAGUCAAGAACAACGUCGUGGUUCACCCGCAUUGCAUAUUAUGGUGUUUUUGAUGGACAUGGUGGAUCCCUUGUGUCUACAUUCUGUGAACAACACCUACACCAACAUCUGAUCAAGUUCCUCUCGCGACCACCCCCAAUGGUCCCCACCGAAUCCACUGAAACCAAAACCGGGAAAAGAAAAGAAUCCCCAACGGCCGCUACCAUUCGCUCUUGCGUUCUUGAUGCUUUUAAAGCGUGCGAUGGAGAGAUUCUUUCGACUUGGCCUGAAGGACGGGACGGGGCGGUGGGAAUCAUAGCUCUUGUGGUGGACGAGUGGAUUUGUAUUGCGUGGCUAGGGGAUUGCAAAGGCGUUUGGUGUAAGAAGGAUGAGAAGAGUGGGUGGACGGCCGUGUGUUUGACAAGGGAUCAUAUACCAACAGUGUGGGAGGAGAGAAGGCGAAUUCAAAAAGCUGGAGGAUACGUUAAAGAUGGUCGUGUACUUGGUAGCUUGGAGGUAACACCCUUCUGGGGAAAUAACCGGCAUGGUCCUGCACGGACGAAUGGCAAAUAGGCCCGAACAUCCUCUGUAAUGCAAUAUUACUAACAUCUCUCCCUAUUCUGCUUGUGGGUAUGCUCAUCUUCUAGGUGUCCCGCGCUUUCGGUGAUGCUCGCUUCAAGCGGUACGGCGUAAUAUCUACACCUGAUAUCAUAGCCAGACCACUGUCCCCUGGUGUACUGAUCCUUGCAUGUGAUGGAGUGUGGAAGGCAUUAACGGUAGAUCAGGUGAGAAAUAUUGUUGAAGAUGAGUUUGGGAGAGACGAUAAAGUACCUUGGGGUGAGCGGGCUGCAGAAGCGGUGGUGAAAGAGGCUGUUGUAAAGGGUGCUGAUGACAAUGUGACGGUGAUCGUCAUUGUCAUUGGGAUGAACGGUGACGAGCAGAACGGAUGCGCGUCAACUAUAGUCAAAUAAUAUCAAUAUUACAGUCUAUUGUACAGAA